AUGAAGCAUUUCAUGACUCUGAUCGUGGCUACCUUGGCUACUGGAGCCAUGGCCGAUCUCCACUACACAGGACUCUGCUACGACUCCCCCGGUCACGAUGUGAAAGUCUUCAACAAAGCCGCCACGGAAAAGGCCUGCACAUCGUACAAGAACCGCAACACCGGCAGCAAGCAAUGGGACCAAUGCCCAGACUGUACCCUCGAGAACGAUCAAAGCCUGCUAUACUACUGCAAAUCCGCAGGCCAGCACAUUGGGGGCGAUGAACUGUCCUACUACUGCGGUCAAGCCGGAGCAGCGGGUAGUCUGGCCUGGUGA